AUGCUAACUUUUGAUAGUGGUGCUGAUUCCUGUAAUCGAGUUGUGCCCGAUUACCUAGAAUCUAUAGAAUAUAUCAAACUUUCUUCCGAGGAUGAGUUUACAAGAUGGGUUGAUGAAGUAGCCAAAAAGCAUUCAAAGUGGUUGUACAAUCAAAAGUAUGAACACAAGUCAAACCGAUGUUUUAUUGGUCAACCUUUACAAGAGCCUUUGAAAGUUACGACCACGGUUUAUCUAUGCGAUCAUGCUGGAAAACCCCAAAAGAAAAAGUCUUUGUCUGAUACCGACCCAUCAAUCAAGAGACGUAAGAGAACAACGAAAUCGAUCAAAAUCGGAUGUCCUGCCAGCAUCUACAAGUUCAACCUGACCGACAACACCAUACUUGUGAAAUACAAUUGGCAGCAUCCCGACCACGAUCCUUUCGAAAUCCAGAACAUCAGCACUACACGAGUUCCGGAUGAAUUGAAGUAUCUGGUUGAAGGGCUUGUCAGCCAGAACUCGGACUGGAAGUCCAUUAAGAAAAUGCUUAAAAUGAGUGAAGACAAAUAUCUUGAAGUAAAUAAUAGUUCUAAUAAUGAUAAUAUUAGUAAUAUUAUACGUGUGUGUGUUUGCUUGCUUGUAAUGUUCGCUAAUAUUGAGCUAAACCAGCUUGAACAAGCUGGUGAUAGAUCCUCCUUCUCUGCCUCUCUUCUUGACUAUCAGUAUGUGAGGGAUGUUGUUAAUGCUCAUAUUAUGAAACUCUCAAGAAAGCACAUGGAUCACAAAAAGAGUGUCGAGCUUUGGGCCAAAGAAUUAAAUGAAAGUGAAAACACUUCAUUGGUUACUAUUUCUGAGAAUGGUUCUUUUCUACUAGCUUGGGUUCCCGAUUGGCAAAAAGAAUAUCUACAAAAUUCUGAUGAAUGGUCUAUUCACUCGACACAAAAAAUCUGCAAAUCAUUCAACAGCAGCGGCAACACUAACAUCGGCAACAGCAAUAGUACUAGUAGCAGUAAUAACACUGAGAAGUUAUCUGGUGAGCCCAAUAACUGCGCUUUGUAUACUAUCGUUGUUCAAAGCCCUGUAACAACCAAAGGGACACCCGUUGGGUUUUUUAUUACGGACCAAGAAAACGUCGUAACUUUGGAACAAUGGUUCUCUUGGAUGAAAUCAAACUUUACUCUCAAAGUUAAAAAGAUCAUGAUAGACCAUAGCCAAGCUGAAGUAGAGGCAAUCAACAAGGUCUUUGAGGGGAAAGUUGAUGUUCUGUUGUGUCAUUGGCACAUGAAAUAUGAAUGGGAAUCUAACGUCAAGAGAUGUUUCAAUGUUCAGAACUCUACUCAAAAAGUCGAAGUAGUCCACAAGAAUGCUUUUGACAUCUUCUUUAUCAUGAUGUAUGCCGCAACAGCUGAAUCUUUCGAGAUUUCUUAUCAAGUUUUCGUUGCAACAUUUAAAAACAACGAAGCGAUCAUUGAUUACUUUAACAAGACGUGGUUGCCUAAGAAGCAAUUGUGGGUUAAAGCAUGGAGAAUACCUACCAAGUUUUAUACAAGCAAUCUUAUUGAAGGAUACGAAACCCAAUUGAAAACUUUUUACCUUGGACACGAUCGAUCCCUUCGCAUCGAUCGACUUGUUUACUUGCUAUCGAAUGUACUGACCCUUGAUUACAAAGAGGAAAAAGAAAAAGAAAGCACAAGGACAUCGUCUUCUUUACCUUCUACUUCCCCUACUCCUACUACUACUUCUUCUCCUUCUUUGGCAUCCUCGCCAUCAAAUUUUACAAAGUUUCAGUCAUUGCGCCGAAACGAAGAAGAAGAAAAGAACAUGACCGAAGCUUACGAGUAUGAUAUUGACUUGGCUGAUUCGAUGGUCGAAAAAAGAAACGAUGAUCUGUACACCUGCAAGUCCUUUUCGACCAACGAUUUAUACUACCGGAUCAGAUUUGUGGAUGGGAUUCUUCAGGACUGUAGAUGUUCAGACCCCAAUAGGCUUUGCAAGCACAUCUUUUUAGUGGGCCGAGUAUUUAACUUGCCGCACUCUUUACCAGUCAAUUGUUCUGCUCUUCAAUCUUCUGGAAACCUUUCGGUUGGAUCUGAAUCUGACACAGCAACAAAGGGGACAAACAUUACGGAUGUAUCUGAUCAUGAAAUCCGUUGCAAAGAGGCGCGUGAAAAAUGCAAAAAAUACAUCGAUCUGAUUAAUGCUAGGUUACGUGCCAAGGUUAUUGAGUGCCAAGGCGAUCCCCAUGAAUUAACCAGGCUUCUUAAUUUUAUCAAAACCGCGCACAAAAGGCUGGAAAACUAUGGCAGUGUUUCGGAACAAUCUGGGACAUCUAAACAAACUUAA